AUGGCGGAAGCCGUGCCGCAUCACCCGGCCCUGCCCUCGGGGCUGCUGGAGCUGUGCGCGCUGCUGGGGGCCCCCCGGGACAGCCUCCCCAGCCCGGAGCAGGUUGCCCAGAGGAAGGGCGUCAAGGGCCCGUCUUCUCUGGAUCCGGCGGUGCUGUCAGUCUUCGUGCCUCCUUUUGUCAUGAAGGAGGACAGUCAGCUGGCUGGCAUGAACUGCAUGACUCUGGGUAAGAACAGGAAGCGCUCCUUCCGGAAGAAGAGAGAGAGGCCCAGAGUGGAGCUGGGGAAGGGUGUCCCCGGCGGCCCCAGGGGCCCAGACCCCGAGGACGUGAGCAUCCCCAACGGCGUGGACCUGCUGGCUCUUCCGCAGCUCUGCUUCCCAGGGGGAUUGUGUGUGGCCUCUGAGCCCAGAGAGGACUGCAUCCACUUUCUGGUGCUGACCGACGUCUGCGGCAACAGAACCUAUGGCGUGGUGGCACAGUACUACCGACCCCUGCACGACGAGUACUGCUUCUACAACGGCAAGACGCAUUGGGAGGCAUCGGGACUGGGCGGGGGUGCGGCCGGCUGCUUCGUGCCCUUCGCGGUGUGUGUGGUCUCCAGGUUCCCCUAUUACAACGCCCUCAAGGACUGUCUCUCCUGUUUAUUGACUCAUCUGAAGUUCUGUAAAGAUUUCGAAGUUGACAAUCACAUAAAAGAUUUUGCUGCAAAGCUGUGUUUAAUACCUAGCCCGCCACCUGGACCACUCCAUUUGAUAUUUAACAUGAAACCACUACAGAUCGUGUUUCCCUCGAGAGCAGACCCCGAGAGCCCCCUCAUCGACCUGGACCUUCACCUGCCCCUGCUGUGCUUCAGACCUGAGAAGGUGCUACAGAUCCUUGCCUGCCUCCUGACGGAGCAGCGCGUCGUGUUCUUCUCGUCCAGCUGGGCCCUGCUGACGCUCGUGGCCGAGUGCUUCAUGGCCUACCUGCACCCCCUGCAGUGGCAGCACACCUUCGUGCCCAUCCUGUCUGGGCAGAUGCUGGACUUCCUCAUGGCGCCCACCUCCUUCCUCAUGGGCUGCCACCUGGACCACUUCGAGGAGGUCAGCAAGGAAGCUGAUGGUUUAAUUUUGAUAAACAUCGACAAUGGGAACAUCACCUACUCUAACGAUGAGGAGGUUGAUGUUCCUGACAUCCCUCUCCUGGCUGCACAGACGUUUAUUCAGAGGGUCCAGAGCCUUCAGCUGCACCACGAGCUGGACCUGGCUCACCUCUGCACCAGCACGGAUGUGAACGAGGGCCGGGCCUCCAGGCGGGCCUGGCAGCAGCAGCUCAACUGCCAGAUCCAGCAGAUGACCCUGCAGCUGCUCGUCAGCAUCUUCAGGGAAGUGAAGAAUCACUUGAAUUAUGAACACAGAGUGUUCAAUAGUGAAGAGUUUCUCAAAACAAGAGCUCUAGGGGACCAGCAGUUUUAUAAGCAGGUCCUGGAUACAUACAUGUUUCACGCCUUCCUCAAGGCCCGGCUCAGCAGAAGGAUGGACGCCUUUGCCCAGAUGGACCUCCACACGCAGUCCGAGGAGGACAGGAUAAACGGGAUGCUCCUGAGUCCGAGGAGACCCACAAUCGAGAAGAUGGCCAGCCGGAAGUCCUCAGCCCCGCACGCAGCCCACCGGCGCAUGGUGGUCAGCAUGCCCAACCUGCAGGACAUCACGGUGCCCGAGCUGCCGCCCCGGAACUCAUCGCUUCGGAAGAUACAGACCAUGGAGUGUGGGAGCAGCCGCGCAGUUCUGGACGUGCCCCCUAAGUCGACGCACACCUUCAAGAUCCCGGAAAUCCACUUCCCGCUGGUGGCCCAGUGCGUGCAGGCGUUCUACGCAGACUGCGUGGCCCAGCUGAGCAAGGCAAUGGGCUCGCUGGCCCCCGAGAACUCGGUGCUGCUGGCCAGGUACUUCUACCUCCGGGGGCUGGUGCAGCUGAUGCAGGGCCACCUGCUGGGCGCCCUGCUGGACUUCCAGAGCCUGUACAAGACCGACAUGCGCGUCUUCCCUGCUGACCUCGUCCAGACAACCGUGGAGUCCCUGUCGGCGCCCGAGCGCACACAGGCUGAGCGCACGCCCGAGCUGCGCCGGCUCAUCAGUGAGGUCAUGGACAGGCCCGUGGACACCCCCAAGGCCGACGACCGUGUCAAGAACUUUGAGCUGCCCAAGAAGCACAUGCAGCUGGACGACUUCGUGAAGAGGGUGCAGGAGUCAGGCAUCGUGAAGGACGCUGGCAUCAUACACCGGCUGUUCGAGGCGCUGACUGUAGGACACCAGAAACAGAUUGACCCAGAAACGUUCAAAGACUUCUACAACUGCUGGAAGGAGGCAGAAGCAGAGGCGCAGGAGGUCAGCCUGCCUUUGUCGGUGAUGGAGCAGCUGGACAAAAAUGAGUGUGUGUACAAGCUGUCGCGCUCUGUCAAGACGAAUCGUGGGGUAGGCAAGAUUGCCAUGACCCAGAAGCGCCUGUUCCUCCUCACGGAGGGCAGGCCGGGCUACGUGGAGAUCUCCACCUUCAGGAACAUAGAGGAUGUCAGAAGCACCAUGGCCACUUUUCUGCUCCUGAGAAUUCCCACUUUAAAGAUCAAAACAGCAUCCAAGAAAGAAGUCUUUGAGGCUAACCUCAAGACGGAGUGUGACCUCUGGCACCUGAUGGUGAAGGAGAUGUGGGCCGGGAGGAAGCUGGCUGACGACCACAAGGACCCCCAGUACGUACAGCAGGCGCUGACCCACAUUCUCCUGAUGGAUGCAGUCGUCGGCACGCUGCAGUCACCAGGAGCCAUCUAUGCGGCCUCCAAGUUGUCCUACUUUGAUAGGAUGAAGAAUGAAAUGCCCAUGGCAGUUCCGAAGACGACCUCGGAAACCCUGAAACACAAGAUCAACCCCUCGGCGGGGGAGACCGCCCCACAGGCCAUUGAUGUGCUGCUCUACACCCCAGGGCAUCUUGACCCAGCGGAAAAAGUGGAGGAUGCUCACCCCAAAUUAUGGUGCGCGCUGAACGAGGGCAAGGUGAUCGUAUUCGACGCUUCCUCCUGGACGAUUCACCAGCACUGCUUUAGAGUGGGCACGUCUAGGCUGAACUGCAUGGUGAUGGCGGAGCAGAGCCAGGUGUGGGUCGGCUCGGAGGACUCGGUCAUCUACAUCAUCAAUGUCCACAGCAUGUCCUGCAACAAGCAGCUCACUGACCACCGCUCCAGCGUCACGGGCCUGGCUGUGCACGACGGUGUGCAGGCGACCAGUUCAACCUGUCGGCUGUCUCCAGGCCUUGAGGGCAGCCCCCGUCUGUUCCCUCGCUGUGGCCUGGGCCUGGAUCGGGGCCUGGCACACCGCAGGCCCUUGGACGCGGCUCCAGCUGUUACUGGGAGGGAGUGGAGCUCGUCCUGCUCCCUGCGGUUGGAGAUAGCUUUGACUAAAUGGACCUUUGUCAGAAAAGUAAUAUCUCUGCUUUUUAAUAAGCUAUCUAGGCCUGUAACACCAAGGCUACAGUUAGAGUGUCUCACGCCGCACUCAGAUGUGGGGAAGGGGCCGUGGCCUGCUGGUCACCCCGAGCCCCCACGGCCCUUUCGUCCCUGCGCUUCACGUUCACUCUGCCCACCCCUCAUCCUACUCUUCGGUCCUGCAGGCACUGGAGACAGCAUCCUGGUGGUGAACAUGAAUGGAUCUCCUUGUCAAGAGCUGAAGAUCGACGGGAGCUUUAAAGAGACAGGCACCUCCUUCCUGGGAUUCCAGCUCAUGCCCGAGCAGGAGCAGCUCUGGGCGGCCUGUGCCGGGUACCCUGACGUCUACGUCUGGAGCCUGCAGGACCUAGCCCAGCCCCCGCAGAGGAUCCAUCUCCAGGACUGCUCUGAGAUCAACUGCAUGAUCAGGGUGAAGAAGCAGAUCUGGGUGGGCGCCACGGGGCUGUCACAGGGGCGACUGAAGGGGAAGAUCUAUGUGAUGGACGCGGAGAGGAGGACGGUGGAGAAGGAGCUGGCGGCCCACGCGGACACGGUGAAGACGCUGUGCUCCGCGGAGGACAGAUACGUGCUGAGCGGCGCCGGCCGUGAGGAGGGGAAGAUCGCCAUCUGGAAGGUCGAGUGACCAAGGGGGCGUGUGCACUGUGAGCCAGGGAUGCACCUUCUGACAGCUGCUGGCGCUUCCCGAGGGGAGGCGAUCUGAGCCGGCCGGGGCUAUCUGCCCGGCGUCGGGGCGGGCCCACUGCAGGGCCUCCUGGGCUCUCUGACCGCUGUUGUCACACUUCCCCUCCUGGACGUUAGCUGAUGAAACUGGACCGUUUCCGGGGGUGGGGAGGUGUUUCUCAGGCAGCCUCUGCCGAGAAGCCCUCCCGUGCUGUCUGGAUGGUUCCAGGAUCUACACCCUGGGCCAGCGCCAGGCUAGCCGAGAGCCAUGGAGCUAAAGCACCUGUGAGCUGCAGACUGCCGGUCUCUGGCCAUGCUUUCCCACCCGCUGCCCUCACUCACUCAGCAGAUACCAGGCGCUGGGCUUACAGGAGGCAAGCGCCCGCACACUGACCUCUUGUUUCCAGUAAAGCUCAUGAGAAGGGCUGCUUCUAAAUGACCACGUUGUGGUUGAGUAGGUUUGUGCCUGCCCUUGCUGUCACCCGUUGGAGCAGGGGACAGAGCCCGCCCAGGGAGGGGACAGCAGUGGGGCGAGGCUGUCUGCACGGGGCUGAGGCAGGCUCUGUGUUUUUUCCUUUUUAACAAAUGCAGGGUUUUUUUUUUUUUUUUUCGUUUAUUUUUAUUAGUUGGAGG